GGCAGAUCAACUGACAGAAGAACAAAUUGCUGAAUUCAAGGAAGCAUUUUCCCUCUUCGACAAGGAUGGUGAUGGCACAAUCACAACCAAGGAGUUAGGAACUGUCAUGAGAUCACUUGGACAGAACCCCACAGAGGCUGAGCUCCAGGACAUGAUCAACGAGGUUGAUGCUGAUGGUAAUGGUACAAUAGACUUUCCAGAGUUUUUAACAAUGAUGGCUCGUAAAAUGAAAGACACUGAUAGUGAGGAAGAAAUUCGUGAAGCAUUCCGUGUGUUUGACAAAGACGGCAACGGUUUCAUCAGUGCUGCUGAAUUACGGCAUGUAAUGACAAAUCUCGGUGAAAAACUUACAGAUGAAGAGGUAGAUGAGAUGAUCAGGGAGGCAGAUAUUGAUGGAGAUGGUCAAGUGAAUUACGAAGAGUUUGUGACGAUGAUGACUUCAAAGUAA